AUGUUUGAAGGUCUUAUUUAGAAAGUAUUGUUAGCCAUCUUCGGAAGGUUUAUAGAUGGACUGGAUAAGAAACAAAUCAAUUUGUCGUUUUUGAAGGGUAAUUUGGUAAUCGAGAACGUUUCGAUAAAGAAGGAAGCUCUUGAGGCCUUGCAAUUACCAAUUGAAUUAGUGUACAGUUCGAUCCAGAGAAUUGAAAUAAAUCUUCCGUGGAAUAAAUUGACUACUUAAAGAACAGAAAUAAAGAUCCAUAGUGUCUUCUUGUUGGUCACCACUGUGUCUGAAGACAUGUGGGGAUUGGAGGAGAUCAAUUAUUAUAAACCAAAAGCAGCUCAAGUGAGAGCCUACAUAAAGAAAGUGAUGGAUGAGGAAAUAAGGAAGUAGGAAACUACGCCAGAUAACUAGGAACGUGAUCAAAAGGAGGCAGGGUUUUUUCAAAAAUAAAUAACCAGAAUAGUUGAUAAUCUUUACAUUUCAAUUUCCGAUGUGCAUUUCCGUUAUGAACAUUGUAUUAGCAAACAUUCUUUUUCGUGGGGCAUCACUAUAAACCAUUAUCACCUAAAUAGACAGUGGAUCCUGAGUGGAAAAUUUCAUAAACAUCUCCCUACAUUCAUGAACGGCAAGGACUCUACCUUUGUGAACAAACAGAUACAAUUAUCGAAACUGGCAAUGUAUUGGAACUCCGAUGAUCAUUAUCUCAUUUUGAGUAGCAUUAUCAAACCAUAGCAUGACAAAAAUAUAGAUGUUCAAAAAGUCAUUGGCAAAAUGGACCCAUAUAAAAUUGACUUGGAUCUUCAUCAACGUACAGUGUAUCAGAUUGAUGAAAAAAUGCAGGCUAGGAUAUAGUCCAGAUUAUAGUAGGAAUUGGUAUACGAGCCAGAUAAUCUGACCAUGGGAAUUAAAACAUCCAAAUCCUCAAAAUACAUAUUCUGUCUUAAUGCAGUAGCUAAUGUUGUACAAACCUAUCAGAAUUUUAGGAAAGUCCCAGAAUACAAGAUUAAAGUGGAAUUACAGGAAAUGGAUUUCAAAAUCAAGCAUACCCAAUAUAAAGAGAUCUUAAAACUUGUCUCCAUAUUCAAUCUUUACUAAUACAGUGCCAAAUAGCAGAUGGACUAGUAUCUCACUACUGUUCUGCGACCUUAGCCAUAAGAUUUCCUGAAGAUGGAAACUAACUCUCUCUACCUCAGAUCCUUAUUUUAAUAUCUUGUUAAAGCAUAGAUCAUGGAAAUAAGAAGGAAAAGAUUUCUUGAGUUCGAGAUGAAUGCCCUCUAAAGAAAAACUACACCAUCAGCAUUAUUGAAAUCUUAGCAUAGAGAGUUAAGAUAGUAUCAAUAAAUUGUGAUCAAGACUUCAAUAACUACAUUAUAGAUGUGGGCCAAACAAGCUUUGGAAAUAUAUGAGCGAGCCAAAGAGCACCAUCAAAUUGAGUAGGCUUUCAAGAAGGAAAUAGAAAAAGCAUAUAAACCAUCAGCUUUUAUGGAUGAGGAAACCUAUGUUUAUUUAGAGUUUAGAUUGUCAAUUGUUAAAGGCAGUUUAAAAUUAUUACGAAAACACAAGAAUUUAGAAGAGGGAUUCACCCUUUUGUGGAAGAAUUUUGAUUACUUUUUGCAGAAGAGAAGAAAUAAUUUUGAAGUGGAGUAAAUAAUACAAGAUAUGGAGGUUUAGAUGUUUAGCGUUGAAGAGAAGAACGAUAUAAUUGUACCUAUAGUUAAGAAGAUAAAGAGUUAUGAUAUUUAGGAGAAACCUCUCAUCUAUUUCAAAUUGGAGAAGCAUCCCCUAUCCAGACCCAAUUACUUCACUAGCAUUUAUUUGGAUGUUCAAAAGAUCGAAUUCAUGGUGUUUGUAGCAUCAUUAUAACGAGUAAUUGCCUAUUUCAGAAUGCCUCCCCAAGAUGAUAAGCAAUAAGAGGGCAAAGUGAAAGAGAACAUAAGCAAGAAUAAGAAGGAGCAGAAGAACAAGAAUGAUGACCCAGAUUCUGAUAAGAAAAUAGAAACUCAAACCAAAAACUAUAUCAGUAUCACUAUUUAAUCUCCAAUUGUUAUUAUUCCAAAUCAAUAGAUCAAUGAUUUACAUUCAGAUUGUUGGGUAUUGAAAUUGGGAGACCUGGAAAUAAUUACUGUCGAUGAUAGACAAGUACCUGGUUUCAUUAAAUUAGGAUCUGAUCAUUACAGAAGAUUGGGCGUGAGUGGAGAAAGCAUGGGGAAAUCACGAAUAGUGGAAUAAUAAUAGCCUUUAUUGACUGUUCACAAUGAAAAGAAUUAGCUUGUUAGUUAGUUUAAUUUUACUCAGGUUAAUUCGAUUAAUCCAUUGGAAAAAUCAUCGUCACUCCAACAUUUAUAAUAGCCAUAAUAGCAUUCUCUCUAAUAGCAACAUUAAAGAAAGCAUCAUAAAUCUUAGAAUUACGAUAAUUAUGUUAUGAAAUUAAAAUCAGUGUAAUUGCAAUAUUUUUCAUCCAUUCACUACUUUUACAAUUACUAGAAAUUGAGUUAAACUUCAAGGGGAAUGGAGAUCUUGAAUAAUCCAUUGAGGAUGAGAUCCAAAAAGUAUGAUGUCUUGGAGGAUUUCUCUAUGGAAUUGAAUCUUUAUUUCAAAAAGAGCAGUCAAGCCAAUCUCCCUUAAACAAAGAUCAAUUUUGAAUUGCCCUCUUUGACUGCUUCAAUCAAUCCUGAAGUGCCUUACACAUUUUAAAAGUUGAUGCAAACAAUAAAUGAUUUAAGUGCUGAUCAAUCCUUAAGUAGCAUAUUACAAUAGGAGAAAUCCAAGUUGAUUAAAUAUAGUUCAUGCAAAGGGAUCCUGAGAAAGAGAGGCAAAUUCUUAAGAUCUUGGUCAUCCUACUUUGCAGUAUUGUCUGGAUGGUACAUAUACUUGUAUCAGAAUGAGAGUGAUGUUGACUAUAAUCAAUAUGUUGGACUACGAGAUGUAGUGGUAUCUGAAGCAUAAUAAGAUAUAGGAGUGUAGAACUCGUUCAAGAUCAAAUCUAAGAAGGAGAUCAUCUACUUCUAGGCCAAAUCACCAUAGGAGAAGAACAGGUGGUUCAAAUUCAUUCAAUAGAAGAUUCAUGACAUCAAAACCAAAACAAAUAAUCUCAAAAUUGGAUCAGAUAAUACAGUGCCACAAUAAAAUGAUAAGAGUAAGAGGGAAUUUGAAUAAACAGCAAAGCAAAUGCCAAAAGUGAAUGAUGAAUUGUAGACCAAAUAUAGAUUCCAAAUCAAGAGGUUUUAAAUUGAAUUGAAGUACAAUCAAUAAUCUGAGAUCUUAAUAACAUUCGAUUAAAUUAAGUUGCUGAGUCUCUCAGGAAUAAAUGAUAAUUACUAAGAAUUUACAAUUUCUUCCAUUUCAAUUGAAGAUCAUGGACAAUCCAUUUUGAGAUCCAUCCAUUAUUCUCAACCAAACACUCCUAACAUAAUGAAAGUAAGGCCAAGUAUAGCUGAAAAUAAAUUACUAAGAAAGAUUAAAUAGGUUACAGAUUAUAAGGAAGAGGAAGCCUAGCAAAUUCAUGGAGCUAUAAGAGUUCGAAUGUGCAACACAGACUCUCAUCAACCCAAUCAACCUUAAUCGUACAUAGUAGCUUAGCUUUCCUCUUUGGAAGCUCAUUAUCUAGAGUCCUUUCUUGCCAAAAUCAACUUAUUCUUAGUCCGUCCAUCUUUGUAGAAGAGCAAAGAAAGUGCUACUGAUUUAAGUGAAUUUACAGAUACUACACAACAAACUACAACCAUGAAAUACACUCAAAUACCAGUUAGUGAAAACCAAGUUCAUAGUGUGAGAUCAUUUACAUUGCAAAAGUCUUCAGUCUCAGAUUCUGAAUUGCAUGAAGGUCAAUAUGCUGAAAGCAAUGAGAAAUUACCUGAGAGUGUCAUAAAGGUUUCCAUUCUAACUCAAGAUAUUAAGUUGAUUGUGAUUGUUUUAGAGAAAGAGAAAGACAAAGAAAAGCCUAACGAAUUUUUAUAAUUGCAAGUAAAUUAAAUAGGUGCAGUGUUGACCAUUAGUGAUGACGAAUACUUUAUCGAAGGACAUAUUUAGAAAAUAGAAAUUAUUGAUUUAAAGUCAUUGCAAGGAAAUCGGCAUAUGUUUUUGGGGAAGAAGGAACAAAAAGAGAGGAAAAAAACUAAUGAAGAGAAGAUCAAGAAAAAUAUUGGCAUUCCAGGAUUAACUAUAUUCUCAAAUAAGCAAUAAAUUGAAAAAGAGAUGGUGUAAUUUAAAUAUUCUAAAUUCAAAAUCCCAAGCAAUAACAAUGAUGUUUCAGAUGAUCUUUAUUUGAUAGUCAGAGAUUGUUUCAUAGAUUACUUGCAUGCUACAAUUAUAAAGGUUCUAAGUUUAUUAGAGAUUGCUUAGAAGAAAAAGCAGGCCAAUCAGGAAGAAAAUGAGUAAGAUUUAGAACUUAUCAAAUAGAAACUCAAUUCUCCUUCAUUUUUCAAGAUUAAAGUCUUACUCGAAAACCCAAAGAUACUUAUUAAACCUGCUGGGAAUAUUAAUCAGUCCUUUGAACUUCAAAUUAAGUAAGUAAGUUUUGAGUUGGAUGCUAGCUAAGAGAAAAAUAAAAUUCUUGAGAUGUCUGUAAGGGCCAAUAAGAAAUAGAUCCAAAUAGUUGACAAAUUGGAUUCGCUGUGGUGGUAAAUCAUAGUUGUCUCUGCAGACACAAUGAGAAUCUAGAUUAGAAGUUCCUCUGAAUUGCAAUACAUAUCAAACCCAUUUUCUGGAGUGUUACGUAUCCAAACACCUAUGUUUGUGAGUGAAUACGAAACUAUAUUUCCUAACAUAGUUCUUAAUAGGAACCAAGAGAUCAGAAUCAAAGUAACUGAUAUUCAACUGAACAUCUUAAGGAAUCAUUAUUUAUUCUUAUUGCAGGUUAUGCAAACCUAAUAUGAAAUUUAGAGUUUAAAGACUUAGAAGAAGAGAAAGCAGUAAUAGUAAGUGAAGAAAUAGCAGAAUCAAGCUGCAUUGAUAUUCAAACUAUCAAAAAUCACCAUCAGACUAAUGGAUGAAUGCAAUUAGUUUGCCUCACAAGGUCAAUUUCUCAGACCUUUGGUGGAUUUAAACGAAUAUAUCCUUGCAAGUUUAAGAUCUAAAAAGCACAUACUACCAGUAUCCGCUAUAAGAUGA